CGGCCUCAAGUCUCUUAACCCAAAGCCCCUCUCGAUCGAGGGCUUGAGAGUUCAAACUCACUUUCCUCGCCUCGCCCAGUCGCCUUAAUCCCUCGCCUCGCCACCGACACCGUCUACUCGACCGCUCCGCCUACAGACUACAGUCCUACUCCCGGCGGAACCCUCUCGAGCUUGCAGAUUUAUAGAGCUCGCUGCCGAUUACUUCCUUUCCGGCGCCGCCUCUCCGUCCACCGUUUCUAGACCUCUCAUCGUUGCUCCAACCGGCCCUCCUCAACCUUCGCCGUGCCUUCGCCCUCUUCCGCGAUUAUCCAGUAUUUGGCAUUUCUGGGAGGAUGAUCCCAUGCGGUGGAGUGGGAUGCUGUUUGAGUGCUGCAGCUCUUUAUCUACUGGGAAGAAGCAGCGGAAGGGACGCAGAUAUUCUCCGGUCGGUGACUAGAGUUAAUCAAUUGAAGGAUCUGGCGGCUCUUUUGGAUACUGCCCGUAAGGUUCUUCCUCUUAUUGUUACCAUCUCUGGACGGGUAGGCUCUGAUGCACCAAUAAUCUGUGAACAAAGUGGUUUGAGAGGCGUAAUAGUUGAGGAAACGGCGGAGCAGCACUUCUUAAAGCAUAAUGAUGCUGGGUCAUGGAUACAAGAUUCUGCUUUGAUGCUUUCUAUGAGCAAAGAGGUUCCAUGGUACCUGGAUGAUGGGACUGGACGUGUGUAUGUUGUGGGGGCUCGUGGUGCCACUGGUCUGGUCUUAACUGUGGCAAGUGAAGUUUUCGAGGAAUCAGGGCGAUCUCUUGUGCGUGGGACUCUGGAUUAUUUGCAAGGCCUCAAGAUGCUUGGUGUUAAGCGAACGGAAAGAGUUCUGCCCACCGGAAGUUCCUUCACUGUGGUUGGCGAGGCUGUCAAAGAUGAUGUUGGAACUGUUCGAAUUCAGCGGCCGGAUAGAGGACCAUUUUAUGUGUCUCCAAAAGAUAUUGAUCAACUGAUUGCAAAUCUUGGAAAGUGGGCAAGGUGGUACCAAUUUGCUUCUAUGGGAUUUACAGUCUUUGGUGUCUUUUUGCUCGCUAAGCAUGCCCUUCAGUGUGUUUUGGAAAGACGGCGCCGCUGGGAAUUACAAAAAAGGGUAAUUGCUGCAGCAGCACAACGACAAGCAAGGGAAGCUGAAGGAUCGAAUGGGAAGUCUGAUAAAGCACCAGAAAAUGCCAAAAAAGAUCAUCUGGUGCUAGACAUAUGUGUUAUCUGCCUUGAGCAAGAAUACAACGCUGUUUUUGUUCCGUGCGGUCACAUGUGUUGCUGUAUGACGUGCUCCUCACAAUUGGCCAACUGUCCCCUCUGCCGCAGAAGAAUCGAUCAAGUUGUAAGGACUUUCCGCCAUUGAGGCGCCAAUCAUAGGGCAGGACGGUCCUCUUCAAUCUGAAAGCUCUGCUUUGCGUUGAUGUGAAGUGAUUCGGGCUUUUCGAAAGAAUGGUUGCAUUUAUUGGGUCAGUCAUUGCUCGAGAUGUUAUCUUGCAUCAUCGGUAUUAGCUCAAAGUUGUCAAAAGCUCGAAUCUCUCUAUUUGACACUGAUUAUCUCUACAAGUAGCUUACUUCGUCGAUGUAUCAGAAAAAUGAACCUUUAAGUUUCUCGCCUCCGUGGCUAUUUAUAGCACUGUAAAAUGUAAAAAAUCUUCAAUGUUGCUUGAUGUGUGCAAACAAAUUCUUCCUUUUUUUAUUA